AUGUCUGCCGUCCUCCGCACCACCCUCCGUGCUGCCCCCGCAGCCUCCCGCGCUGCAUGCUCCAGACCCCGCACGUACGCCACCGUUCCAGACCCCACUCAGCCCACCGAUACCCAGACCGACAUCCCCAAGCCCAAAGGCAACACCACUCUCUUCUUGGUCGCUGGCGGUCUCGCCGCUGCCGGCGCGAGCUACUACUACGUCUACCAAUCCGGCUCUGCCGACCCUCACGCGCAGCGCCAAGCGGACCAGGAGCGCGUAAAGCAAAAGGCGGCAGAGCUCCGCGACGCCGGCAAGGCCACCGCCCACGACGCCGCCCGCGAGGGCCAGGCCAAGUACGAUGAGACCAAGUCAUCUGCUCAGGACAAGCUCGCGGAGGCCCGUGCCCAGACCAACAAGACUGCGGACGAUGCCCGCGGCGCGGCGACUCGUCAGUACGAGAAGGUCAAGGGUACCGCUGCUGACGCCGCCCACAAGGUCGAGCAGACGUACGAGGACGCGGCGAAGAAGACCAAGCAGGAGGCUCAGGGCUGGAACGCAUGGCUCUGGAGCUGGCUCGGCUACUCGCAGAAAAAGGCGGAGGAUGUCAAGAGCGAAGGCGCUCAGAAGGUCGCAGAGGGCGCACGGAAGGUUGAGCAGGAGGCACAGAAGCGUGUAUGAGAAGGUUAUGGACAUUUCAUAUCGGCGGACCUCAGCAUGGAAUCAUGAUCUCUGUAUACUCCAGUGUACUCGUCCAUUGAAUAUCAACUUGACCAACGCU